AUGGAUUUAGUCUUGGAAGUCUUUGAUACUUAUCUCUUCGAUAGGGCAUAUGCAACCCUGCUCCCAAAGACAGUUGCUCCGCUUCUACCUGAACCUCCACUUCUUCUUACUAAAAUCGUGGAAACUAUCAACAACAACACCGACUAUUCAACUAGAGAAAUUUAUGGUUUCAAUGAAAAGUACCACUUCUUUGAUGAAACAGUCUACGCUAACCUAUCCUUGUUGCCAAGGUAUAAUAUUCUUAGACAAGUCAUUUCUCUUUUCCUCAUCACUUCCACUUUUGGUUGGUUGUUGUACUUCACGGUGGCUUGGCUCUCCUUCCACUUUGUCUACGACAAAUCAAACUUUAACCAUCCAAGAUACUUGAAAAACCAAAUCUCCAUGGAAAUCAAACAGGCUUCCACCGCCAUUCCAAUCAUGGUCCUUCUAACCAUCCCUUGGUUCAUUGCAGAAUUGCACGGCUACUCGUACCUCUACUAUGAUAUUAAUGAAUCAACUGGCGGCUGGAAGGCAAUCAUUCUACAAUUCCCAUCUUUCCUCUUGUUCACAGAUUGCGGCAUCUACUUCAUCCACAGGGCCCUCCACUGGCCCUCCCUCUACAAAAACCUACAUAAGCCUCAUCAUAAAUGGAUCGUUUGUACCCCCUUUGCUUCUCAUGCAUUCCAUCCUGUCGACGGUUACGCUCAAUCCCUACCUUACCACAUCUUCCCAAUGUUGUUCCCAUUGCAUAAGGUCUCUUACUUGUUCUUGUUCACCUUUGUCAACUUCUGGACUGUCAUGAUCCACGACGGCGAAUACAUGUCCAACGAUCCAGUCAUUAAUGGUGCCGCUUGUCACACCAUCCACCAUUUGUACUUCAACUACAACUAUGGUCAGUUUACCACUCUAUGGGACAGAUUGGGCGGCUCUUAUAGAGAACCAGAUGCUGAGUUGUUUGACAAGGACAAGAGAGUCGACAAGAAGACUUGGGAGAAGCAAACCCAAUUGAUGGACCAAAUCAGAGAAGACGUUGAAGGUAAGGAAGACUACAGAGACUAUGUCUCAAGUGAUUCUAAAAAGACACAAUAG